CUACCGCCCCCAGAGGCUCCAGACCCGCUACACGUCAGCUCCCGCUCCGCUGGGUGAGGCCAGGCUCGGGCGGGUCCCGCGGGGUGGGCAGGGCCCCGGGCUCGUUACAGCCGUUCUUCCCCUCAUAGCACAGACAUGGCGGCCGAGAAGGACCAGCAGAAGGAUGCCGAGGUGGAAGGGCUGAGCGCCACGACCCUGCUGCCGAAACUGAUUCCGUCCGGCGCGGGCCGUGAGUGGCUGGAGCGGCGCCGUGCGACCAUCCGGCCCUGGGGCUCCUUCGUGGACCAGCGGCGCUUCUCGCGGCCCCGCAACCUGGGCGAGCUGUGCCAGCGCCUCGUACGCAACGUGGAGUACUACCAGAGCAACUAUGUGUUCGUGUUCCUGGGCCUCAUCCUGUACUGUGUGGCGACAUCCCCCAUGCUGCUGGUGGCUCUGGCUGUCUUCUUUGGCGCCUGUUACAUCCUCUAUCUGCGCACGUUGCAGUCCAAGUUUGUGCUGAUGGGCCGAGAAGUGACCCCAGCCCAUCAGUAUGCUCUGGCUGGGACCGUCUCCUUUCCCUUCUUCUGGCUGGCUGGCGCGGGCUCCGCCGUCUUCUGGGUCCUGGGAGCCACGCUCGUGGUCAUCGGCUCCCACGCCGCCUUCCAUCAGGUGGAGGCCGUGGACGGGGAGGAGCUGCAAAUGGAACCUGUGUGAGGUGGCUUCACGGACCUGCCAGCCUCCCGAGCCAGCUGCCCUGUCCCCGUUCACCCCCAUCCUGCUCAGCUCUGCAGGUCUGGCCAAAGGCCCCCUUCCCAUUACAAGCCCAGGGAGGGACUCCAACUUUGGAAAUAAAACUGUUAACAGUUGUUCAGCAAA